AUGGCGCCGCCGCCGCCACGGCUGCUCGCCGGCGGCGACCACAGUCCGCCCCCCACGUCAACCUCCUCCCCGGAGCACCCUCUCCUCUCCGCGCACCUCCUCCUCCCCGACCCAUCCCCCUCCGAUCUCUCCUCCCCGCACCUCCCCCACGCCCUAGCCUUCUCCUUCCUCACCCACCCGGGCCGCUUCCCCGCCUUCUACCACUCCUUCGCCUCCGCCCUCCUCUCGCUCCCCUUCCCGCUCCUCCUCCCCCACCCACGCGCCCGCCUCCUCCUCGCCGCCGCCGAGCUCACCCGCGCGGCCGCGCCGGGCUUCGCGCCCCUACUCCUGUCCCUCCUCCGCCGCGUGCCCUUCCCCGGAGACGCCCGCCUCCUCGACCACAUCCGCGAGCAUUCCUCCUUCCUCGUCGCCGAGGAGCCGCAGCUCCUCGCCUCCGCGGUCUUCGCGUUCCUCCGCCUCCUCGCCAGGAACCGCCUCGCUCCGUUCCCCAGGAGCGCCGAGUGCAGCAACUGCGAGGAGUGCAAGAGCGCGAAGAACCUCGAAGAGUGCGGAGAGAAGCUGGUGUCCUUCUGCGUCUCGGUGCUGCGGGAUCACUUCCAGGUGUGCACGCUGAUCGGGAGGGACCUUGUGCGAUCGCUCCAUGAGCUGGUGCUCGUGCCGGAGUUCCAGGGACUAUGGAAAGACUUGAUCCUGGCCCGAAACGUUGACAUCUGCCGGGUUGUCACUCCAGGUUGGUGCACAGCCUUGUCUAUCUCGCCGGAGAUGGAGACGCAACUGCUGUUCUUGAUGAACAAUGUGAAGUGGGGAAGCCAGAAGAGGUACCAGCUGUGGUUUGCGAGGAAGCAUUUGAUGGUGCCUGGAGGGGAGGAGAGGAUACCGGACAUUGUCCGCUUCAUAUGCUGCGGGUACCUCCCGACCAAUGAGGUUAUACAGUCUGGUGUCAUUGCCCGCUGGGCGGUCAUCGGUUGGUUGCUGACUAGUUGCAGCAAGGGAUACAUCGUAGCGAAUGCGAAGUUGGCGCUGUUCUAUGACUGGCUGUUUUUUGAUGAGACUAAGGGUAACGUCAUGAACAUUGAGCCAGCAAUGCUUCUGAUGUUGAACUCAAUAUCUCAGUAUGUAGAUAUCACAAACAUGCUACUCGAGUUCUUAUUUCUCCUGAUUGAGAACUAUGAGGUGCGGAGGAAGGAGGCCAUCGAGCAGUCUGUGAGGUGUGCAUUUACAGUGCUGGUGAAGAAAGGAGUGCUCCCGUCAUUGGAGUUGUUGACAUGCUGCGAGAAGCUAUCGCCACUGCUUAGGCAGAAGCUUGUGGCAUUUUUAUCUAGUACAACUCCUGUAGCAGCUGUAGAAGCCUGCUUGAAACCGAUUAAUGAGGUUUCUAAAGCAGCAGAGUUGAAGAAGAGAGUUUGCUCAAACUAGAUGCCACAACCUCCUGUUUCCAGAAUGAACUGCAGUCAACACCAAUCCACCAAUAAUUCCACCUUGCGAAUGAUCUGAGAAGGCACACAGAGAGCAACUGCAAGACCACACCAAUUUACAAGUAAUUCAGGUGAAGGGCAUCCCUUGAGCAAGAAAAAGGAAUUUGGAGUGUGGGCUCAUCAUCAGCUUGCCCAGAAUAUGUCCAAUAAAAAGACCACUCUGCCAUUCAAACUAAAUUAGAUCUCAGUAUCAACUCCGUUCAAUUAAUACUGAGAAUGCCAUAAUAUAUGGUCAUCAUGACCAGGAUGCUUGAUUUUAAAUUUCUGCCGGUUGAGAAUUAAGACAAGUCAAGAGUUUGGUCAACCCAUGGCAUCUCUGAUUAAUAUGCAGAACAUAUGUUCAUCUGAAGCACAUAAUGAAUUUGGCUGAAUGAUAGGCUGCUGCUCGUGAUUCAUUACAAGUUAGCUUCAAAUGUGAUGAAUUGAAAUGCUGGCAGCAAAGGAACUACUCUCUGCACAAACUCAUCAUCUGCUUCAACUGAUGAAAGAAACCUCAUGCCCCUUUUGACAAUUCUGAGAUAAAUACACAAUAUAAGGAUUGAAUGCUGUGAUCAGAGUUCAGACCUGGUGGCAUGUCCGCAUGUGCCGCACGACAUCAUGCACAUCAAGCUUGUGAUAGCGAGUGUUUUUGUUCAGGCAUGCUAAUACACUUCAUGGGAGAAGUCACAUACACCAUAGGCAGUCUCUAUGGAUGUAUUUCUCCCGAGUUAUAGGACAUCAUCUGAUCUAAGUAGGCCAACCUUGUGUACUUGUAAACAUUUUGUAAUUACCGGCUUUUGUUAUUCAGUAGUGAAAUCCCUUUCAUCGUA